AUGGAGUGGACAAAAGAACAUGACAUCUUUCUGCUGAGGGAAAUGCUAGCUUCUGAUAUAUUUCACUACAGAAAAGGAAGCCCUGACAGGGGGAGAAUUUGGGACGAAAUAGCAGACAGGCUUAAUGCAACAAAAGAUAUGGUCUUUCAUAUAAAGGAAAAGAGAUCUGUUCGAGAUAGAUGGAUUUUACUUAAGAACAAGUUAAAAAAAAAUAGACGUGAAGAAGAAGCUGCAAGCGGUAUUGAGGUGGACGAGCAGGAUGAAAAAGAUAUAUUGAUAGAGGAGCUCACCGAUCAAGAGGAAACUACGAAAGAAAGCAUAGGAAGCAAAGAAAAGGCAGAUAAA